CUGAGACGUCCAUGGCGCCAUGACAUGUGGCGUCCCAGCUGUGGCCGUCUGGCUGGCACUGGCCUCAUGUGCAGCAGAAGAGGACAUGUCCUGCACCCUUGUCUCGGUGGUCCUCAGCCGUGGCCGUCCCCAGCCUCCCUAGAACCGCCCUUCAGCCCCUUCGCGUCGUUUUCCACCCAGCGAGACGUCGCGUCGAACAUCCGCAGCGUUUUGAGUUUUGAGCCGUGGGCUCAUGGGGAGCAUCACCUAGAGGUGCCCUGCAUGUCGUACCACGCUGCCCAGCAGAGCGACAAGGACCUGGACUUCGUGUGGAAUGAAUCGUCCUGUCGCGGCGGGCCGCUGCACAGGGCUGUGCUGCACAAUAGCCUCACCAAGGUGAAGGAGCUGGUGGAAAGUUCGAAAAAUCCUUCGAACAGCGUGAGGUCUCAGUUCAGCUUUGAAGACCAUGAGACUGGCGAGGAGGGCCGUGCGGAAGCCGUUCACAUCGCAGCCAGUCGUGGUCACUUAGACAUCAUGAAGUACCUCCUGGAUAAGAGAGCGGAUCCGGCCGCCAAGGUAGUGGUCAGUGGUCGGCCCAAGUAUGACGUACUUCAUGCCGCAGUGCUUGGUGAGGGCCGCGGCGGUCGCGUAGAUAUGGUGGACUUCCUUUACGGCGUCACUAGCCCCAGCGUGGACUCUGAGGGCAGGUCCUUGAUCCAUAUCGCCUUCCUAACUGGAUCGCGGGAGAUCAUUGAGUAUCUCCGUUCGCGGAAUUCAGAUCUGAAGCACAUGCACAGCUUCCGGCAGACGCCCCGAGAACAAUUGGACACGGGGGUCCAGCAGCCACUGUCCUUCGGAAUUCUCGGAGGACAGAUGUCUGAGGAUUUGCUCAGCGAAAUGGCGCAGCCUACUGCUGGAUCCUUGAAGAUCUUCAUUGAGGAGUGCCCGCAAUGUAUCCCAGCCUUCCUGGAUCGCAUCAAGAGUGAGGAGGAGAACAUCACGGCCACAGAGAUCGCAAGGCACCUGACGGCUAUUGACAUUGCCAAGGUGCUGCGGGAGUCGCCCGAAGCGGCGUUGGCACUAUUGAGGGGUUGCACCACGGAGCCCGAAUGUGGCAACUCGGGGUGGCAUGCCUUGCCCACUCGAGUGAGUUUUGCGGAUCGGGACUGGAUGCAAACGUUUAGGACGAUGUUCAAUCCAGUGCGAUACAUGCUGACUUUCUACGUCGACGAAGUCACCUGGAAAUUUGACUCCAACCGUUUCGAGCAUCCCGAAUGGCACAAGUACAUCACCAACCGCGACUUUGGUCGACCUGUUCUGGACGCUGAGAUUCAAGUGUGCCAUGUUCAGGACAUCCUUUGCGCGGAGGUCUUUGGCGCGAUGUGUACAGAGGAGAACGUGGAGAGCGAAAUCAUGGCGGAGGACAAUCUGAUCCGCGCCGCGGUGAGACACGUCUUUUGGAACGGCUGUUGCCGAGUGGAUCUGACCACGGUGCUGUUGAACUUUUGGGGCUUGGGCUUGUUGAUCGCCGAGGAGGCCCUGAUGUACGAUGCAGACUUAGCGGCAGAAGUGAUGCCCACCGCGCGGAUGGGCAAGGGCCGGCGGCUUUUCAACCAUGGCCACGGAACAGUGGGCGCCACCGGACCGACUUCUAGAGGUGGCAAAAGCUUCCUCACCGGCUUCCUUGACGGCGUGAUGAAUGAGGGCGAAGAUCCCACAGUGGACGCGUGGAUCGCCAUCAGUUGGAUUGGGGCCAAAGGUGUCAUCGAUGCAUGGCAGGAGUGGCUCCAGUUCCGCGGAUUUUGCGAAAUCGGCAGGGCCUCGGACUAUUUUGCCUUGGACAACCUGCUUGAUAUGGUUUGCUCCUGUUUUCCAAUGUUAUUAUUUUUGAACCCAGACAACACGAUGAUCCUGAUCUGCGCCGUGUUUUUGUACUGGUGCAGGUUGUUGGACUGUUUCACCUCAGCCGAGUUCAUCGGAUUGGAGAUUUUGCCCAUCAGGAAAAUGGCCAUGGGUUUACUUCCGGCCCUGGCGGUCACCCUUGUGGCGUUCUGCGCCUUCACACAUGCGUUUUACCUUGUGAAUGGUGGUCCGAAGGUUGAGAGUAUGAUGGAUGUUGUCUUUGAGACCUUCGCGACCCUGAUCACCGCAGCGCUCCCUCCGGAUAUUUCGACCAAUUCGUCCGAACACCAGGUGAAACUGUGUCUUUGUAUCAUGGCGGUCUCCUUCUUCACGGUCUUCAUCCUGAACAUUUUCAUCGGCGUGAUGGGUGAACUGUACGUGAAGGAAAAGCAGCGCUCGGAACACACCUUCCGGAUGUACCGUGCCAGCUCAUGCUACCAAUACCUUCUGCGCAGCCGAGUUCUGCCGUGUGGCAUGAUGUCGGAAAGACGAGGCUUCAUGAUGAUGUUUGGCGCUGGUGGGCUUGCCCUCGCCGUUCAGAUUUAUGGCUUUCUGAACCACAACAGUACCCUACCUGGCUCGAGCAUCAUCUUCUUUGUCUGUCAGACUUUGAUCAUGAUGGGGGCCUAUCAAAGCCCUGACACACCUUGGGUUCGAGGUGGCAGAUCGGGUUUCUACUUAUGGUUUUGCAAAGAGAAGACACCGGACAACCUCGAACCAUUGGUGCAGGACGUCAGCAAUACAUUGGAGCACAUGAAGGGCAUCCUCGCUAGCAAGGUGUCUUUCUCAGAGCACGGGACCACCGAGAUAGGUGCAGGACAUGGCGCUCCAAAUGGACUCUCCACAACGGCUAAAGCUCGAUUUUUUAGAGCAUCACUCCUAUGACGUCACGUUGGAUUUCUCGAUGC